AUGGAAGGUGGCGACUCUUGUCUUACCGGUCAUUUGCCCCAAAAAGAGGAUUCUGACCCCAAAAACCUCAAACUCAAUCCAUUAAAAGGUAAGGUCAUAGCAAGUAUGCUCAUAGACUGUUUUUACAUCUUUUACAUGGAAAGGGUCAAAGAUACGUUCAGUUUGGGGUGCCUGUAAGGUGACUGUAGAGGAAAGCAGGCCCGUAUGGGGCGGGGAUCCACAGGGAAAGUACCUAUGGGGUAGGCAAAGCCCGGGGGUAGCUCCUACGGGGCAACGCAAGCACCGAGGUUGCCGGGUCCUGGGGAAAUUUAUACUACGGGCGCUCAAAAGUUCGGACAAUUUCCGCACUGUACAUUCUUCUUUUAUUUUCAUCCGCAUCUUUCCGCAUUUGUCGCCGCAAUUCCCGUUUUUGCACUACUAGAUACGUGUGCUUUUGCGUGCGACAAACCCGAAUUUUCGCUCGCGACGUCGGCGGUAAAUGAAAACCCAAACUUUCGCACUGUGCGAAAAUUGUCCGAACUUUUUUUGAGCGCCCGUAGUAUAACUGUUGGCUACUUUUUAGACGUCACCUUGUUAUCGGUCUGUCGGGAAAAUAACGGGAGGUCGUCGCAGCAAAAUCUUUGGCCUUGUCGAAAAAGGGAUGCAAUCGCGCACCAAAUCUCCAACUUCGGCAGCCGUCGCAAAGCGAUGAUGGGCGAUUCCAAGGCGCGACGACCCGCCACUAUUUUCCCGACAGACUGAUAAAAUUUUUGAAUGGCAGAAAUGUUUGAAAGAGAGCCGAUUAUAAGGUAGUUCGGCACGCAGAAUCCGAUCAUCACAUUCGUGUUUUUACAGUCCUAUUAAUUACUGAAUAUUUAUAAUAAAUGGAGCUUAUUAUAAUAACGGAUGACCGCAACCGUUUUACCGGGUUUCAAUAGAAAAGAGCAUCUUGUUUAUAUAUACCACUAUAUGCAGAGGGAAACUUCCUUCCCGUUAAUGUUGGACCCAUUUAAAAAAUUGUUACAAGAUUGCGGCAUAAAAAGUAGCCAGCAGUUAUAUAAGUAAAACGUUCUUGUUGCCCCGUGGGGGUUACCCCGGGCUUUGCCUUCCCCAUACGUCCCAUAGAAUCCCUAUUCUCCGCGUGGCUAUAAAACGAUUGGACGGCGGAAGGGGGUGAUUUCUGCGUAUGCACCCACUUCUGAGCCUUGUUUCAGAAACGCCCAAGAAAUGGACAUUUAGAAGAUCCGUGACAGGAUCUGGCGAUGGAUUCAGAAGUGGAUCCGACUCCGAAGCCUCUACAGACCUGAGCUCUGACUUUGUGCGGCUUUAUUUUGGCUUCGAACCCAUCUGUUUGCCUUCGGAGCCGAGUCUGAAUGGAAUAAAGAUUGAUAAUUUCAAGACUGUUGUCAAAGGAACGAUGGAAAGGAGCGUCGGGGGAAGAAUGCCCGUUAUCAGCGCCACUUCCAACGGCGUUAUCACUGUCCAGCUCUCCAACGAUCUUGACAUUGACCUGAGUAUUGAGCAGAAUGUCCGUGUUAGAAGUCCCUUGUUUACUGUAAGUAUUCUUAUUCAACCUUUCAUUGCAUUCAUAGGCGAUGUCCUCAGCCAACAAUCGCUGCACAGCACUGAUCCAUGAGUCCGGGAUGCUUCUUCAUGACGGUCGAAUAAUGAAUGGUUUCUUCCGUAUGAUUAAUAUUGCAAUCCCAGAACUCACUCACUUUCAGCAGUUAAUUCCUUCAAAACCAUCUCUCAUAAUGCAGUUAUUGGACCCUCGGGAAUUGUAUUUUCCUCAUCCAAUUCGUCUCUGACUUACUUUAUGGACACGGAGUGUAAAGUGACUCCCAUUGACAGUGUCGAAGUUGAUUUUCCCAACAUGCAAUUCGACUUUGCCUCGAGCAUUUUCUUUUCCAAAUGUCCAUUCAGCAAGAAGGUAUACGUUGAACAAAGAAGUCCGUUAAACAUUACUUUCAGAGACUUGAACGAUGCCAAUUCUGGUUGAAGACAGCUACCGUUAGCCGGAUGAGAUUGCUGAAAGAGACCCAUUAUCAGAUCAGCAUUGGUCCCCUUCUGAUUGUAGAAGAUGCGGAUGGGAAUGUCGAGAUCACAUGCUCUUCUCAGAAGAUCUUCUGCAACUCCAGAACUGGCCAAGUCGAAAUUCGAAAUGCGAAUAAGGUCUACAUGACUGCUGAUGUAAGUUCUAAUAAAAGAAACGCAUCAUCAUCAGGGCAUCUGAGUAAUUGCGCAAUAGUACACUUACCCGAAUGCUCAUUUGGGGUGGAGACUCGAAUGGGAGGUUGGAUAAUGUCUCCCAUGCAAUUAUCUACCUUCUCUCGAGUAUUUUAAUUUAAAUAACGGCUUUCUUGUAGGUAAACGGCAUUUCCUCCAUGAAGAUGGACAAGAAAAGAGUCCACGCUUCCUGCAGCGGACUUCUGGCUUCUGAAGGCGGCACUGUCGCGUCAUUGAAUGCAUUCGGGGAAUUUGGCUGUUACUGA